UGCACGCCAAAAUUAAAAUCUCUGUUUCUUAGCUGGUAUUAUAUCAAACAGUGGGCCAUUUACAUAUACUCUUUAUCUUUUAUAUACAAAUUCUCCUCUUCCAUAGUUUUCAAAUUCUCAAACCCUUUUUCCUCUAAAAUUCUCUCUGUGUCAACCCAAAACUCUCUAAAAUGGCGAAGGUUGGGAAGUUGACGAAGCUCAAGUCAGCCAUAAAGAGAUGGGCGUCGCUCACCAAGCACUUCCCCGCCGCUACCAAACCGGGAGGGGAGGAGAAGGCGUCCAAGGAAGAAGAAGUCCAUGCAGUGUACGUGGGGAAGUCGAGGAGGAGGUACUUGUUGGGAUCCGACGUCGUUUCGCACCCAGUGUUUCAAGAGCUGGUUGAGAGGUCAACUGGGUUCGACGAUGAUGCCGGCGACCGGGAAAUUGUUGUGGCCUGCGAGGUGGUGUUGUUUGAACACUUGCUGUGGAUGCUGGAGAACGGUGGGGCAAACCAGUUAGGAUCCAUGGAGGAGCUUGUUCAGUUCUACACUUACUGAUUAAUCCAUGCUUUGAUUAAUAAAUUCAGAUUAAUUAGCUGUAA